GCGGCGGCGAGGAUUGGGCCUCUCUUCCGCCCCCCACUUCUUUUCCUUGGCCGCCUUCCUCCUCUUCCACCCCCGGCUCCUUCUCUCCGGGCGUCCGUCCGAUCCCCCUUGGGAAGAUCCAGGCUCGGUUUCAAAUGGACGACCCUCGCGGCGGCAGCGGCUGGUGAUGGGGCGGGCGUCGUCUUGCAGAGGCAAGCAGUGUUAUUUUUACGGAGUCUCACCCUCUUCCUUCCUUUUUUUCUGAAUUUUUCUUCCAAUUUUUCCUCUCUCCGGUUUUGCCCUUAUCAGCGGCGGCGAUUGCGCUCCGAGGAGGAGCAGCCGCCGCCACCUCCUCUUCUCCUUUUCCUCCUCCUCCUCCUCCCGAAGUCCCGAAACGUACAAACGGAAACUGUAACUCGUCGACUUCCUACGACCAAGCGAGAGUAACAGAAAAAUGCGAAGGCACAACCCACCGAAGCGGCUGUUGCUGGGCUGCUCGCCUCCCCAGUGCAACUGCCGCCAUCGCCGGCCGCCAAAGAGGUACCCGUUCCGCUCCCAUGAUGGCAAGCUGAGCGCUGUCUGUGUGGACAGUGAGCCCAAAGUGGUGAGGAAACUGCAGAAGCAAAUCAAAAGAGGAGAAUUCAGAGAGUCCAAUCUCAUCAUGGGGAAGCAAGGAAGAGGCAACAAUUGGGCUUAUGGUUAUCAUGGCGUCCGUUCAGAGAGCGAGCAAAGCUUGUUCAGUCGGACGAUGGAGAGCCUGCGGAAGGAGGUGGAGCGCAAGGAUUGCUACUGUGGGACGGUGCUGUUCCACAGUCUCAGUGGGGGCACAGGAGCUGGCCUGAGUUCCCGGUUGUGUGAAGCCAUCAGAGAAGAGUAUCCACUCGGUCAUAUCCUGUCUGUCUCAGUGGCACCGCACCAAGCUGGUGAGAGUCCUCUUCAGCACUACAAUGCCUUGCUGUGCCUUUCUUGGCUCCAGAGAUAUGCAGACGGUGUCCUUCUGUUUCAUAACGAUGAGGCAUUGAAGCGGGCAGCGGCUGUGGCAGCUUUGCAGAGAAAGGACGUGCCGGAAGCCUCAGGCCAGGUCUCCCUCUCAGCCAUGAAUUCCUACAUCGCUUCCUGCCUCGCUGGUCUUCUCUGUCCUCUCAAGAUCUUCACGACACAAAGUGGGGUGACCAUGGGGAUGGAGCCCUGGCAGCUACUGAGGACUAUCUGUCCUAUGCCAGCCCUCAAGUUCCUUCAUGCUGCUCAAGCCAGCACAAGGGGAACAGUGUUUUGGGACAGCCUGGCAUCUUCUGUGGUGCAGCCAUUGCCUCGUGAAUCUCUUGCUGGAAACCCUCACCGUAGCACUGCCGUGCUCGCCGUGGCCCGUGGCCCCCGGGAGGAUGCCUUUCUCAUAAGCCGCAGUUUGGUGCUGAGGAAGUUGAAGCAAGGCUACCGCUGCGUCUCGUGGAACCCUUUCCCUGCCACUUACUGGACGGACCCCACCAGUCUUGUGGUGCCAGGACACCAUGGCCACAGCCUGACUGUCUGUGCCAACCACAGCAGCUCAGCUGACCUCCUGCAGAGGGUGGAGCAGCGGGCACGAGUGAUGUACAAGAGCAAUGCUUUCCUGCACUGGUACUGGAGGCAUGGGUGCAACGAAGGGGAUUUUGAGCAAGCCUUUGAGACCCUUCGCUCCGUCCUGGAGGAUUACAGCCACCUUGGAGACUGACUCUCACUGACCUGGAACCUCUAACAGAGCACCUUGUAACACUUUGAGGGUCACCAAGGAGCGACGCCCAGGGAAAUACCGAGUGGAAGAAUGUGUCCACGCACACAGUAGACCGCAUGGCUGUGUAACGGCACAAAAGGAGUUGGGCCUGUCUCUCAAUUGUACAUUUGGAGCCCCUUAGACUGUACCUUUUACAGACUUCCUUUCCCCACACAGGAAUGCUUUUGGAAUGAUUCUCGAGGGGCAGGGGAAAGUUGCAUGGAAGAUGUGAAGGCAGAACAGGUCAUCUACGUAAAACUCUUUGGGCAUGGCUGUGACAUUUGUGGCCCUCUAAAUGUUGGUAGAUCUCAAGUCCCAUCAGCCUUAGUAUGGCUAAUGGUCAGGGGUGGCAGAAGAUGUAGUGCGAUGGCAUCUGGGGGAUCACAGGUUCCCCAUCCCCAAAGUAAGGGAGAUGUCCAAAAUUUAGUGUCCUCCUUGCAGACUUUCCCUGGAAGAAAUACGUAUCCUUCUGUGAGAAUCCACUGUCAAAACUCCUCCCCCCCAGCAAAACAUUGUUAAGAAGAUCCAGCAACAAUUCUGAGCAGGAAAUCCUUCGUGUAGGGCAAUCUUUGCCAACCUGCCGCCCUCAAUAUGUCGUUUGGACUACAACUCGCAGCAGCCGUAGCUGGCUGGGGCUGAUAGGAACCGCAGUGCAAAACAUCUGGAGGGUGCCAGUGAGCAGAGGCUGGCAUAGGGGGCUGGCAACUGAUGGGCCAUAUGACUCCACCAGCCAACUCCAGAGGCAAAAGGUAAGUGGGUGAGUAGAAUAUGUGGGCAAUAAGAUUUUGCUCCAAACUCUUUGGAAGGGGCUGGGGGCUGGGCUUGGCCUACCAUCUUCUCAGAGUAGUCCUCCAACAAGACUAGUUGCUCACCACAAUGUCAGGCCCUGUAGCAUUAGGGUUAGUGCAAUCAUAGUUAUGGAUUUCAGUGGCUAUCUUUGGCUAUCUACUCCAAACACUUAAACGGUCUUUAAUUAAGAGCACUCCUAUACUUCUAAUAUAGGGGCCACCAACCUUCUGGGGCCCAUGGGCACAUCUGCAAACUACAGAGGCUAUCAUGGGUGCCACAUGCACACUGCAACCAAGCACACACCACAACCUAUCCUAUUCGGCACUUUGGUGGCCUCUCUUCUAAGAGUUUGGUAAAUGGGUUUCAAUAGACAUAACAAUCCCCUUCACAGUACUGCUGUGAAAGAAAUAGCUCUACCUGUCCAUCAUCUUCCUGUUGGUUUCUAGGGGCACAAAAGCGCCUUCAAGGCCAGGGCUUGGCUGUGCUAAUCAAGAGGAAGAUCUCAGCUCUCCUUCUCCAAGAGCAGACACAGUCCAUUUCAGAUCAUCGCUUCAUUAAGCUACCUCUCCAAAGUGAGCUGUUUAAUGAAGUUUGAAGACCCGAGCCCCCUAUUCUAGCCUUUCCUUGACAACGUAGGAAGGGCAUCAUCUAAAAUCGGCAUUCUGCUCUCUUCAGAAGCCCUUGGAACACCACCUAGCAAGUGGCAGGAAAUUUCUCUCCUAAGAUUGCAGAAGUAGCAUAAUUGAUAAAAGCAUACACUUCAAAACAAAACCAUGCAAAUUCUUCUGCAGAGGGGAAAAAAUGGUCACGAUGGAAUUCCUCCCCACCACCACCACGCUGCUGAGAGCUGCACUCCCACCUCUCUUUCCCAAGCAGUACCCUUAGGUGCUCUGGUAAACAUGAGAGGGGCUGCUCCUGCAUCAGCCUUCUCCAACCUCCUGACUUCAGCUCCCAGGAGCAACUUCUCCUUGGGCAAUCCCAGAUUCGUUGCAUUACCUAUGAGAACACCCAAAUGAUCAAGCCAGGCUUGCAGUCUGUUUUGCUUUUUGUGAAGUGAAACGCUUAAGUCCUAGCCUGCGCUCCUUCCCUCUUGCCUUCUACAAAUCUACCUAUCACACUCAAGCCCCUGCCAGCAGAACUCAAGGUCUUCUUCCUCCACUUUCAGAAAUCUAUGUCCUAUCUUACUAAGUUAUUGUCAAUCUCGGUUAAUACCAAUUGGUGAAAUGAGGUUUAUAAGCAGUGUAUUCGUAAAGAAUGAUGAUUAGUAAUAUUGAUCCCCCAGAGGUUUAUUAUGCUAUCUGUUUACC